GCUACAGGGUAACUGGGUGAAUCCAUGGUUAGUUUUUUGGAGAGGCCUAUUGGACCUUUUUCCGAUUAAAAUUUCAAUUUCAAUUUUCAAUUUUCGAAGGCCACACAAUUAUCUGCUGCCUUUUUUAUUCGCAUUCUUGUAUCCAUUGUAUCACGUUAGCGGUUCCUACAGAGGUUGCGAAGAUCUUCGUUCUCAAGUAAACUUCACUAUAAUUACGACAUCAGGGUUGGUUGGUGAUUUGGUGUGUUGCUGAUUCUAUUCUUGUGUGUUAUCGGGAACAAUGAUUAGCAUUUUCUGUUGCUAAUUCUUACUCUUUCUAGGCUGCUACCGUAAGAAAUAUUUCCAAGUUUCAAACUUUGCUUCUUCUUUUUGCCUCUUGUUUGGUUUUGAAAACUUCUUUCCAGUCAGUUGUAUAACUUUUUAUCAGUCUUAGACACUAAAGAAUUUAAAGCUGAAUUAUAUGUGCAGUUUGGGGGAUAAACAUCAUGUUACAUGUUUAACUGCUUGGUGUGAAUUGCAUGUGGUAAUGACAACUGUAUAGUUGUUUACGUAAAACUUUCUUGAUACUUCAGGUACUGGAGAUUAGUACUUUUAUGUUUGAAGUGAAGUAAGAAGUGCAAUUGCACUAUUUCAGAGAAUGCCUCUGAAAAAGAAAUACAGUGGCACUCCAGUGAGAAGUAAUUAUCAUCAAGAUAUCAUCAGCAACCUCCCCCAGAACCUAAGGGAAACCAUCUUAACUUACCUGCCACUUCAAGAUGCUGUAAGGACGAGCGUGCUAUCAAGUGAGUGGAGGUACACAUGGACUAAAGUUCCACGUCUUUGUUUUGAUGAGACGAUCUGUCCGGGAUCAAGUGGGGGUGACCAAUGGGAGUUUCAAAAUAAAUAUGUUAGGCGCAUACUCCAUGUUUUGCUGCAACAUGAAGGUCCUAUAACCACGUUUGAGCUUGCAAUUCCUGAGAUGGAAAUCUUCCCUGAGAUGGACAGUUUGAUGUUGUUCUUGUCCAAAAGUGAUGUUGAGAGUCUCGCACUUAUGUUUAAAUCUGGCCAUUACAAACUUCCUUCAACAUUUUUCAAGUGUCAGAGAUUAAAAUCUUUGUACCUUAUGUCCUGUUUGGUUCAUCCACCUUCUGACUUCAUUGGAUUUAGUCAGCUUCUCACCAUUGACAUGUUCGAUGUAGACAUUGGUUCAAAACCACUUGAAAGCAUCAUUGCUUGUUGCCCCCUACUUGAAUGCUUGAAGCUAGAUAUGUCAUCCAUAUAUGAUAUAUGAAUCCCUUGAGAUUCAGGCUCCUAGACUUCAUUACUUUAAAUUUAGAAGUAAAGUGAAAUGCGUUUAUUUCAAGAACACCCCACUUCUCAAGAAGGUUGUAAUUUUUAACGAUUCACAUAUUCAAACAGAGGAAGAAAGUGCUUUACAAAUGGAGUCUAAUCUUAUUGAGCUUUUUAGAUCUCUGCCAGCGCUUAGAGUUCUACAUUUUGACAAUCACUUCAUUCAGGUAUGAGUGAUUAGACAUUUAUUUUUUAUAGAAGUACUGGAAGUGUGAUAUGGUGCAUUUGCGCUUAUUGGUUUGUGUUGGGCACUUGGGCCAUUAGAAUGAGAAUAUGUCCAACUGACGUUAAGUGUUUCUGAUAGUGUCAAGAUGGCUAUUUUUUGCUAAUAAUUUUCCCCAUUUGGAUCAUAUGUGGCAUGACUGGAUGUGGUAACUAUUAUUGUUAAUACUUGAUGCACUACCAGUUCCACUGUUACAACCACAAAAACAUGCCAGCCACCAGCAACAACAGUUGCUGGCAAUUGCCAGUCACCAACCACAAGUUAUUUUCAUUCUUAUAUAUAGUUGAAUCAAAUUGUGACGAAAGUCUAUUGCCUCCAUUGUGCCAGUUGCCAUUGUCAGUCACUGUUUUUUGGCAUAUUUAUGCAUCUAAAUUUAACUCUGGGAGAAAAUUAACAAUUACGUUAAGAAAUUAUUCUGUAUUAAAACUUUCAAGUACAACACUAAUAAUCUAUUUUUAUUAGUUUAGUAAUUUGUAUACAUCAUAUCUUUUUGCCCAAAGUUAGUAAACUGUAUAAUAUAAAGUUUUACAUCAUCGUAGAUAAAGAUUUUUUAUACAUCAAUGCGUAUAAAAUUUAUAUGCAUUAAUGAAUAAAAAAUAGUCAUCUAUGACAACCUCGAAGUUAAUACAUCUUCGUCUAGGAUUGAUUUAUCAAUACAUUGGUAUUCAAAAAUAACAAUUUUAAAAACCUGUGGCAAGUGACAGGCAGUGGACAACUGCAGUUCCUCCGAUUGCUACUAUGGAAACGGUUGUGCAUGAGUGAUAACGUUCACUAUACUAGUGCCACAUUAGAUUCAAAUAGCAAAAAGAUCAUGUCAGCAAAAAGUACAAACGUGCCCUACCACAAAGUACCUUUGUAUACUCUUAAUUUUACGUCAAACUAACAUGUUAUAUGAGUUUUGGAGACUGAUACAGAACUGUGCUUUCUUUGCAAAAAUUGAAGUUCUUAGCUGCAAGUGGAGUCCUAAAAAGACCUAGUCUAACUGCUGUGCACCUUAAUUCUCUUAAACUUCGGAGAAUAUGUUUAGAAAAAAUGAGGGAGAUGUCGUGUGUACUAUUCAUUGUUAGAAUAUCACCAAACUUGGAAGACAUCAUCAUUCGACUAUUUAAUUCUACUGGUGCUGCUGACCUAAAUCCUUCUCUCGAGUCACUGGAUGUUGAAGAAUACUCAGAUGUGAAACUAGAUCAGCCGAGGAGGGUGAAGUUGGAAGGUUUUACUGGUACAAGGAACCAAAUGGCACUUGCAAAGCUUCUUUUAACUAAAUCUCCAGGGCUUAUGAAAAUGAUAAUCAAACCCAAUGCCGAAGGAUGCGAUGAAAGACAAGGGUUUCUGAUAUUAAAAGAGCUUAUACGACUGCAGCGACCAUCAACAGUUGCAGAGAUUAUCUAUGGAUAGGUGAGGCAAUAGUCUUUAUUUUCUUUCACUAUGGAUGCCACUGCUUGCAUUUGUAUGUGAUCUUACAUUUAUUUUUGUGUGCAUUGUUAUUUGCAAGACUAUAAAGUGCAAGCACUUUUCUAUCAUUUUAGAAGCACAACCACAAAACUACAUGAGAUGGUAAGUUAUAAAUUUCUAAAGAAUUAUUUUCUACUAUUGUACACACUUUUAUUAUGCUCAAAACUCAUUUUCGGUCAACGGCUCUCAAUUGUUCUACUUUUGGAGCAUGACUAUGGUCUUCUCAUAUUCGGUUCUGCUGGAUGAUUUUUGCCUAAGUGACCAGAAAUACCCAAAAUGGUUAGAAAUCUUCCAUAGUCAUGGGUGGAAAAGUGAAAGUUCACAACCAAAAAUUGGGGCUGACCUAAUAAUCAUAUGCACCAAAGUGGAACACUUUUGCCGUUAUUACCGAAACCAAUUGUUGCAUACCAUGAAUGUAAAGAUCAAUGAGCUAUAAUGAGGCAGGGAUAUUUAUAACAAUGUUUACUGCAAGUGAUUGAUAAUUUGUGUGGGCGUUCACAUGGUUGGUUAAACUGUGAAUACUUUUAACAUGCUGAAAGAAGAUUAAGCCUUGUUAUUCUUGUGUAAAUUGAUGAUGUGUAUGAUAAUAUUUGGAUGAACCCCUUUGCAGGUGUCAAUAUGACGAGUUCAGACUUCAGAGAAUGUGCUAAUGAAGAAUGAUUGAUAACUUUGUAUAUUAUAGUUAUUUCUCAAAGCCAGCUGCAUGUUAUAAUGUCUUUAAACCUUCUUUUGAUAUUUUCGAGUUGUAUUUUGCUGAUUUGGGUGAACUCAAUUUAGUUAAACUCAUUGUUCUAGCAAAUUUAUUAACUUUGACCUUUUAAUUUAGGAUACACACACGUGUGUGUGUACACACAUGCAUAAAUACACACAUGUAUGUAUAUAAAUACAUGUGUGUAUUUAUAUACACACAUGUAGUUAAACUCAUUGUUCUAGCACUCAAAUAAAUACAUGUGUGUAUUUAUAUACACUAUGAUUGUGAAUAGUUUUUGGGCCAAAUAACCGAUUGUGCAUAUUGGGGCUAUUUAAUUAUGUGCAACCCUUCUAUGGAGAAAUCCAUUGAGUUAGGUGACAUGUUGGAAAAUAGGGAACAUAUAUACCUUAUUUUAAAAAAUAAUAGAAAAACUAAUACUACCUAAAAAGAAAGCUGCAUGGAUAAAAGCCCAGUUUGGCAGUUUCCUAAAUUAAAAGGUCUAAGUUAAUAAAUUUGCUAGAACAAUGAGUUUAACUAAAUUUGCUAGAACAAUGAGUUUAAUUAAUUAAACUCAAAUUAAUUAGGAUACACAAAUUUAUUAACUUUGAUGAAACUACAUGCAUAAAUACACACAUGUAGUUAAACUCAUUGUUCUAGCAAAUUUAUUAACUUUGACCUUUUAAUUUAGGAUACAGACACAUG